AUGGCAUCUGAGAAAAUCGCCGACGUCUACGGGCCAGGCACGUUCACGGACAAGUCGUUUACGCCCGUCCCUGAGGACACACAACGCAUCUUCCGCCUCCUCGCCAGCCAGACCCCCGGCUUCACACAAGACGAUGCACUCCUCUCAAAAGUCCAGUUCACCGGCGAGGACUACCCAGUCAUCCCCGGCCCAAUAAAAGCCGUCUCUGUCGCCGCAGCCCUGCACGCCAUGACCGGUGUUCUGGCCGACGAGAUCCUGGCCCUGAGGGGAGUUAAGAACGAUGAGCGUCGCAUCACCGUCAACACAACACACGUCGCCCUGUGGUUCGGCUGCGUCGCCACGGCCUACCUGAACGGCGUCGACGUUCUGACGCUGAGCAAGACCGGAGAGAUCAAGAAGCUCGUCCCGGACUGGGAGAUGGGCUGGACCGACACGCCCCUCAAGUACCGCACCACGGCCCUCUACCCAACAAGCGACCCGGAGGUCUGGUACUCGCUGCACGGCAGCCUGAGCGCCGAGCCCGUGCUGCGCUCCAUCGGCAUCGACCCGGCGGCGCCCAUCACGACCAACGAGGACGCGGCCCGCCACAUCGCCGAGCACACGUCGAGGCUGAGCCCGGAGAGGCUCGAGAUGACCAACCUGCUCAACGGCUUCUGCGGCAGCGUCUGCUUCACGCCCAAGCAGUGGCGCGAGUCCGAGAUGGGCCGUACCCUUGCUUCCCACCCGCUCGUCAACGUCAAGGCCCAGGGCCACGCCGCGCCCACGCCGCCGGUGGCCUUCCCACCCGUCAACCCCAGCGACAGGAGACCACUGGCAGGCGUGAAAGUCGUCGAGAUGACGCGCGUCAUCGCGGGCCCCCAGAUCGGCACCAUCCUCGCCUCGUACGGCGCCGACGUGAUCCGCGUCAACCCGCCGCACCUGCCCGACAUCAGCAUCCUGCAGCUGACCCUCAACGCGGGGAAGCGCACCAUCGCCAUCGACCUGCGCAGGGGGGACGACGCCGCGCUGCUCAAGUCGCUCGUCGGCGAGUGCGACGUCUUCAUCCAGGGCUUCCGCAUCAACAAGAUGCCCAAGUACGGCCUGGGCCUCAACGACCUGCUCAAGGUCGCCGGCGCCCGCGGGAGGGGGAUCGUGUACGUGAGCGAGAACUGCUACGGGCCGGACGGGUACUACGCCGAGCGGCCCGGCUGGCAGCAGAUCGCGGACGCCGCUGCUGGCUCGGCAUAUGUGACCGGCAGGAGCCUCAAGCUGCCCGACAACGAGGCCGUCCUCCCCAGCCUGCCCAUCUCGGACAUGUCGACGGGCGUGCUCGGCGCCGUGGGCGCCAUGCUGGGGCUGAAGAGGCGGGCCACCGAGGGCGGCAGCUACUACGCGCACGCCAGCCUGACGGGCGUCAACGCGUACGCGCUCAUGGAGGAGAUCGGCCUCUACCCGGAGGGGACCGUCGAGGAGUGCAAGGAGCGGUUCGCGUGGGGCGAGAUGAGGGGCCAGCACCACGUGCUCGACCUGCUGGUAACGGUGUGGAAGGGGUGGAAGAAGGUGCUGGGCGACUACCUGCAGCCCGAGGGCGGCUGGUUCCAGAGCUUCGAGAACAGCGCGUUCGGCGGGCAGAGGUUGAGCGUCCUGAGGCCUGUCGUCAAGAUCGAGGGGGAUGAGGGGACGACUCCGUGUUGGAGUUCUGGUAGUACGCCGUAUGCGUAUGAGAGGGCGCAGGAUGUGAAAUUCCGGUCAUGA